AUGGAAGCAGACGGUAUAGCAGAAGGAUUUGCCAAAAGUGUAGAAAUGCAUGGGUUAAAAUAUAGUAGAUUAAUUGGAGAUGGUGAUAGCAGUGUAAUCAAACGCCUGAAUGAAAUAGUUCCAUAUGGACCUCACAAGCUUGUAAAAAAAAUUGAAUGCCGAAAUCACUUGUUAAGAAACUACAGCACUAAAAUAAUGCAAAUCACCAAAAAUUGUAAAUAUCCUGUACUAUUGAGAAAAUUUUUAAGUUCAAAUAUAACAAAAUUCAGUAUGGCAAUUAGGAUGGCAAUAAAAUAUCGCAAAGAGUUAUUAGAAACAGAAUCACAAAAGAUAAAAGAAUUUAAAGAAGACAUACUGAAUAGUCCUUACCACAUUUUGGGACAGCAUGAAAAAUGUGCAGCUUAUUUUUGUAAAAAAAAUAAUACUGAAGAAAAUCGUGUCCCAGAAGCAGAAAAGUGCGGCCUAAUGAGUGAAAUAUCGAUAAUAAUAAAACGAGUAGUUGACCAUGCAAGCAGUCUUAUCCUUGAUGUUACCAAUAAUGUGUGCGAGCAAUUUAAUAGUGUGGUAAAUAAAUAUAUUGGUGGAAAGAGAAUAAAUUUUUCAUUAAAACAGUCGUACAGUACGAGAAUAAGAGCUGCAAUCAUUUCAUUUAACUCAGGAGGUUAUUUUUUAAGAGCGAUUCACAAAAAUAUUAUGAAAAAAAGUCCAGGCGUGGUAGGAAAAAAAUUUUUAGCAAUGAAAAAUAAAAAAAAUGUGUACUGUAUCAAAAGAAAACUUCAAUUUCCAACGCGCCGUGUGAAAAAAACCAAAUGUACCGGUCCUGAUGAAUUUUAUGGCCUUGCAGAACCUUUAGCAGCAGAAGAAAGGAUGACCACACAGCUCAUGAUAGAAAAAAAACAACAAUUUAUUAAAAAUUUAACGUUGACACAAAAAGAAAGUGAAGUAUUAGAGCUAGAGACACGAGACCAAAGUUGUAAUCAAAAAUGGUAUUCUGAAAGGCGAAAUCGAUUAACAGCGUCCAAUUUCGGAAAAAUUAUUAAAAUGAGACCCACAACAUCGUGUAGGAACAUAGUUUAUGAAUUACUAUAUAAUUCAUCUACUUUUAAUAGCAAAGAGCCAGUACAAUGCAGGUAUGGAAAAAGUAUGGAAAAGUUGGCUAUUGAAAAAUUUGAAGAAGUAACAAAUUUAAAAGUAAACCAUUGCGGGUUGUUUAUAGACAAUAUAUUGCCAUAUCUAGGAGCAUCGCCAGAUGGAAUUAUAGAUGAUAACACAAUUUUAGAAAUUAAAUCACCUUAUUCUGCUAAAGAUUGUACCAGUUUACAAGAGGCUAUUCACACUGGAAAGAUAACAUAUUUAACUCAAAAUGAAAAUGGGCAAAUAUUAUUAAAAAAAGACCACAACUAUUUUUAUCAAAUUAUCGGUCAGUUGUAUGUAACAAAAAAACAUUAUUGUUAUUUUGUAGUAUUUACAAAACAAUGGAUACAUAUUGAGAAAAUAAAAUAUGAUCUUAACUUUUGGCAUGCAAAUAUGGAACAAAAAUUAAAAAAAUUUUACUGCGAAUGUAUUUUGCCAGAAAUCAUAGACCCGCAAUAUGGAAAAAGAAUGUCAAAAAGUGAUAUAAUUGAACCGGAUUUUAUUAUAAAAGCACAAAAC